UCUGUGUUUGUAUUGUCCCCUUCAUCCUUCACCCUGGUGGCAAAUAAAAGAACUCAUCAUCAUCAUCAUCAUCAUCAUCAUCAUCAUCAUCAUCAUCAUUAUUUUUACGUUUAGAAUUGAAUGAUGUUUUUCUGGUCUCUUUUGAUAGACAUUAGUCAUUAAAGUCUAUAAUAUAUUCUGGCAAAUCAUGUCAGGACAGAAAAUGUCAAUAUUUGUGAUAUGUGUAGCAGCCAAUAGGUUUUUGUUGAUCAGUUUCUGAUUUAUAUAUUUAUAUAUUUUCAUUCAUGUAUUUCUUCUUUUUUCUUUUUCUUUUUCUUUUCUUUACAAUUUACUUGUGAUUAUUUCCCAGUGUAACUAACUUUUUACAAGAUAAGCUGACUAUAUAGAUAUAGAUAAGAAGAAAUUAUAGAUUUCAACUAAGAUCUACAACUACAGUCACUUAGGCAUACUUCUUGCCAGGAUGACAUACAUAUUGUUGUUGAUGGUUACGAUAUAUUUUAUUUCUUCAAAGCCUCUUAUCGUAUGCACUUUAUACACUAACCAAAAGUCUGUUAAGAACUUAAACUGCCCAAUUAUCCCAGGUGCCAAUGUAUCAUACUACAUAAUCAAUAUGACACACAAAGUGAAAGUUAUUUCUUGCAAUCAGAACUUCGAAAUUCACGUUCUUGAGUUAAAUGAACAAGUUGUUUGCGUUAAGAUACAACUGAUGAAAGGAGAACAAACUAUCGUGAAACCUCUACUAGUUUCUGCGAACAAUCAUGCAGCAAUUGCCAAAUUUAGACCAGAUUUUAUUGACUCUUCGGAACAGUUUACAAUUACUAUCAGACUGCUGAUGGAAAAACAAGGUGGAUAUUAUUGGAGUCAGGUAUUUAAAUAUGAAAAUAAUGCAAUUCCAGAGUGUGUGUCAUUCCAUUGUAAGAAUGAAAAAGAAUUUUUAGCAAUUAGUUUAAGCCAUCUGGACAAAAGAACUGCAAAGUAUAAUGUAUCCGUCACUUUAAAAAAUGAUCCAUUGCUGAUAACAUGGUGUGAGCAAACAUUUCAUAUGCAUCGUCAAACCAAAAAAGCCCAGGUUUUUUUCAACUACUCUUGCUUCCAAGAAUGUAAACGGACAUAUCGAAUAAUGGUGAAGCCCUUACAACUUAACAAACCAUACUUAGCUACAUUUUUAAGGAUUCCAUGUAACUGGAACACUUCUUUGGAGCUUCAAGCAAAACAAAACUUGUGUGGAGAUUUUGAACAGAUAACUACACUGGCACCAGUGAGUUUUAUUAAUACAACCAGUCAACCUUAUUUUUCCACAACACGCAUCCAGCCCCUGAAAGGCAGUAGUCAGGGCUCAGCUAUUUGGAUUUUGAUCCUUGUUUUGAUUUUAUCUUUAAUUAUCUGCUUAUUUAUGAUACUUCAAAGAAGAAAAUGUUUGAAAUAUUUACAGUGCACCAACGUAAACCAGGACACAGCUCAGCAACAAGGCUUGGUUAUAUGUUUCCCUCACCCCAUGGAGCACUGUGCUGCCGUCAAAGAACUAACUAUAAUGCUAAACAGUUAUACAAGUUUACAUGUAAGAAGUUCCCACAAAAUGAAAUUAAAAAGAAACAAAUUGCUUAAGAAACAAAUUCAACAUGUUUAUGACUAUUUCAACACCUUCAUUAUUGUUCAUUCAGAUGGUCUGUAUUAUCACUGCCAGAAUGAGGGGAAAAAUGGAAUUGGUCAAGAAAUGGCUGAUUUUACAAUUGAGCUUGUUAAAUUCUGCACAGAUAAUAUAAAUCAAUCAAAGAACAUUUUUCAUGUAACAUUUGAAGAUCUGAGUAAUUUUGAAAAUUCUCAGUUAUGCUCAGAUUCCCAAGAAAAUAUGUAUUACUUAUACAGGCCAAAUGUAUUGGCAAAUAAUAAUAGUCUGGACUUGAAUCAAAUUGAAAAUCUCUUGUGUGACAUAAAUGACCAACAGUCUGAAAUACAGCCAAGUAGAUCCCAUGUAAAAUUCCAAAUGAACUGGAAAGAAAGUCGAGAAAUACAAAAUUUAAAUGAUGCUUUAGUUUCUCGAGACUAUAAACAAAGGAUGUUUCCUAAUUGGUACACUGACAUGUUCCCCAAAUCUGAAAUUAACGAUACUUUGUCUAACUUCAGUUUUGACAAGGCUUCAAAAAUAACAGAUUAAAAAUAAUUAUUCCUGGGAAAGUAGUGUGAAUUUAGAUUUCCAGUCAAAUAAUUUUGUUUCUGGAUCCAUAUACAUAUUCAGAUAAUAUUUCAGACACUAAAACAGUAACAAAAUAUCUGUAUUUCUCAAGAAAAUUAAUUACAAUAACAUUUGAUAUCUUUCAGUUAAAUGUCAUUAAAAUGUAAAUAUGUCCAAAACAUGAGGAGGACCAUGUUGACAAUACUUGGAAUUAAAUAACUGUACAAUCUCUGAUGGAACCAAAAGCUUUGUAGAUGUGGAAUUGGAAUUAACAUAAGUAUAAUAGUUAAAAUGAAGAUUAAAAUUGCAGGGUCUAGAUAAUGUUGCCAUGAAAACUAGAUAGUCUAACAUUUCAGGUUCUUGUUCUUCAGCUAAAAUAGAAUAAAAUGAUAAAGUUAUUAUUUUUUUUCCCUUCUUCAUAUUUAAAUCAAGAGGAAGGUACUGCACAUGGCCCUUCACAGGGGCAUCCUGGACUGCUGGGAGGGAGGCAGGGAGUUAUCUUCAAACUGGAUAUUUGGCACAAAUGCUUGCAAUGGUGUAUAUUCUGCUAAUGGCACCAAGGGUACCGGGUAUUGGUGUUAAACUAGGUGAUAGAUUAAGUCUACUACUCAAGUAGAUCAUGGUGAGAUUUGAACUCAGAAUAUCAAGAGCUGAAACAAAUACUAUAAAGCAUCCAAUUCAACAUUCUUACAAGAAGGUAGAGAACAUUCAUCCACCCAUGACGAUGAGCAUUUGAAAACAAUACAGCUUUCUGGAACCUAACCAGAACAUUACAUCAGAAGUUUACUUGUAAGCAACUGGAAGAAGUGCGUGUUCACUUGAGCAAAAUGAGACCUGCACUUAUUAAUCGAUGUGGCCCAAUUCUUAUUUCUUUAUUGCCCACAAGGGGCUUAACAUAGAGGGGACAAACAAGGACAGACAAACGGAUUAAGUUGAUUACAUCGACCCCCGUGUUCUCAGUUGGUACUU